AUGGCCAUGGAGGCAGACUGGAGCUGCCCCAUCUGCCGGGACACUCGGAGGAGCAGGGCUUCUGCUCUGCCCUGUCGCCACCAGUUCUGCCUAAGCUGCAUCCUACAGUGGGCACAGAGAAAUCCAUCAUGCCCACUUUGCAGAACACAAAUAGAUGCUGUCAGGUUUUCUGAGCAGGGCAGAUGGGACUCUCUACUGUUUGUCAUCAUGCAUCCUGGCGUGUCACCACAGGUUAACAGCCAGGAAAGACGAGCUUCUAGAGAGUCACCAGAGAUUCCCUUGGUGGGGAAGAGUGGCCCCCAAUGCCCUGUGGCAUCCCCUUCAUCUUCUCCACAGGGGACAGUGUCCCCACCUGAGCAGGGGGCUGCAGGGCCAGAGCCCGUGGGUGGCAUCCUGCCCGAGGUGUGGGCAGAACUUUUCCAAAGACAACAGCAUCUUCUGGAUCCUGUGCUGCCCUGGCUACGCCAGAGGCUUGAGGAAAUUUACUGCAACUGGUGGUUGCCAGUACAGGUUGCUGAGAGCAGAAUCCUGUCUGAUCUCUGUGUCUAUGGUCUGCAUGAGGAGACCUUGAUCCUGAGGCUGCAGAACCACCUCAGAGGACGUGCAGCACCACUGGUUCGUGACCUCAUCAAUGUUAUUGUGAGCUGGUGCAGCAAGGAGGCUCAGAGGCUCCUGCACUACCACACUGAUGGAGAGGAAACAGAUGGGAGCUAUGUUUCAAAGUGUGACUUCUGA